CCAAGAUGGCGGCGGCGGCGGGGCCGGAGUCGGGCGGGAGCAGCGGCAGCAGCGGAGGCCUGGGCGGAUCAUCUACUUUCAAGAAGUCCCUCACCCCCGAGAUGCCAGGUGCUUCCGGGCAGCCAGGCUCACAGACCAUAAGGAAAGGGCACAGAGGAGUGGACUCCACGGGUGAGACUACCUACAAAAAGACAACAUCAUCUGCCUUGAAGGGUGCCAUUCAGCUGGGCAUUACACACACAGUUGGGAGCUUGAGCACCAAACCCGAAAGAGAUGUUCUCAUGCAAGACUUCUACGUAGUAGAAAGUAUUUUCUUCCCCAGUGAAGGGAGCAACCUGACCCCAGCUCACCAUUACAACGACUUCCGAUUCAAAACCUACGCUCCAGUGGCCUUCCGCUAUUUCCGGGAGCUGUUUGGGAUCCGACCGGACGACUACCUGUACUCGCUCUGCAGUGAGCCUCUCAUUGAGCUUUCAAACUCCGGGGCCAGCGGAUCCCUCUUCUACGUGUCCAGCGACGAUGAGUUCAUCAUCAAAACCGUGCAGCACAAAGAGGCUGAGUUCUUGCAGAAGCUGCUGCCUGGCUACUACAUGAAUCUGAACCAGAACCCAAGGACGCUGCUGCCAAAGUUUUACGGCCUCUACUGCGUCCAGGCUGGGGGCAAGAACAUCCGCAUUGUUGUGAUGAACAACCUGCUGCCCCGCUCUGUCAAGAUGCACCUGAAGUACGACCUCAAGGGCUCCACCUACAAGCGCCGAGCGUCCCAGAAGGAGAGGGAGAAAGUCUUCCCCACAUACAAGGACUUGGAUUUUAUGCAGGACAUCCCCGACGGCCUCUUCUUAGACUGUGACAUGUAUAAUGCCCUGUGCAAAACGUUGCAAAGAGACUGUUUGGUCCUGCAGAGCUUUAAAAUCAUGGAUUACAGUUUGCUUGUUGCAAUCCAUAACAUGGACCUGGCACAGAGGGAGCACGCCCUGGCCGACGGGACGUUGCAGGCUGACAUGCGGCGACCCGCUGCCCAGAAGGCCCUUUACUCCACAGCCAUGGAAUCCAUCCAGGGAGAGGCCCGGCGAGGUGGCACCAUAGAAACAGAUGACCAGAUGGGAGGAAUUCCAGCCCGCAACGCCAAGGGGGAGAGGCUCCUCCUGUACAUUGGCAUCAUUGAUGUGUUGCAGUCCUACAGACUUGUCAAGAAGCUGGAGCACUCCUGGAAGGCCCUCGUGCACGAUGGGGACACUGUAUCCGUGCACAGACCCAGCUUCUAUGCCGAGAGGUUCCAACGGUUCAUGUGCAACACGGCGUUCAAGAAAAUACCCUUAAAGCCAUCCCCCUCUAAGAAGAGCCGGUCCGGCGCAGCCGUCCCGCGGCGGAGCUGCCAAGGGGCAGUGCCUUCCCUGUCACACGUGUCCUGCGAGACGAAAGCGCAAGUGACGACGGAGGCGGAUGUGGAGCAAGGUUCCCACCUUGGUCGCCCAGAUCUCCUGCCCAGGACCCUGCCAGUGGAUGAAGCCAACAGCGAUUCCAUCGCAACGACCCUGUCCACAUCCUCCUUGGGCAGCGGAGGCCUCAACUCGCCCGCAAACAGAGAAUUCAGCCCCCUCGGGGGCUGCACCUCCACUGAGACCCCCCCCCCCUCUCUCUAUUCCAGCGUUGACAACAGCGAGUACAUGAGGAACGGGGACUUCCUCCCGACCCGCCUGCAGGCCCAGCAGGACGCUGUCAACAUCGUGUGCCACUCGAAGACCCGCAGCAACCCCGAGAACAACGUGGGGCUCAUCACGUUAGCCAAUAACUGUGAGGUGCUGACCACGCUCACGCCGGACACGGGACGGAUCCUCUCAAAGCUACACACGGUGCAGCCCAAAGGGAAGAUCACCUUUUGCACAGGGAUCCGAGUGGCUCACCUGGCUUUGAAGCAUCGCCAAGGCAAGAACCACAAGAUGCGAAUCAUUGCCUUUGUGGGGAGCCCUGUGGAAGAUAACGAGAAGGAUCUGGUGAAACUGGCGAAGCGUCUGAAGAAAGAGAAGGUCAACGUGGACAUCAUCAAUUUUGGAGAAGAGGAAGCCAACACAGACAAGCUGACUGCCUUCAUCAACACCUUGAACGGCAAGGAUGGCACCGGCUCCCACCUGGUGACGGUGCCACCGGGGCCCAGCCUGGCUGAUGCCCUCAUCAGCUCCCCCAUCCUGGCCGGGGAAGGCGGUGCCAUGCUGGGCCUGGGCGCCAGCGAUUUCGAGUUUGGAGUGGAUCCCAGUGCAGACCCGGAGCUGGCGCUGGCUCUGCGUGUCUCCAUGGAGGAGCAGAGGCAGCGGCAAGAGGAGGAGGCCAGGAGGGCUGCAGCUGCCUCUGCAGCUGAGGCUGGGAUAGCGGCCACUGCUGGGGAUGAUUCGGACGAUGCUUUGCUGAAGAUGACGAUAACUCAGCAGGAGUUUGGCCGGGCCGGGCUGCCCGACCUCAGCAGCAUGACGGAGGAGGAGCAGAUUGCUUACGCCAUGCAGAUGUCCCUGCAGGGAGCAGAGUUUGCCCAGGCGGAGGCAGCGGAAGUGGACAGCAGCACAGCCAUGGACACCUCCGAACCCGCUAAGGAGGAGGACGACUACGACGUGAUGCAGGACCCCGAGUUCCUGCAGAGCGUGCUGGAGAACCUGCCGGGCGUGGACCCCAACAACGAGGCCAUCCGCAACGCCAUGGGCUCGCUGGCCUCGCAGGCCUCCAAGGAAAGCAAGGACAAGAAGGAGGAGGAGAAGAAGUGAGGGGCCGGGGGGGGGUUCUGCUCUCGG